AGAUUCUUCGAUUAUUUGGGGGUCCCAAACUAUGGACCGUGGUCGCCGUUCAUGAUGUUCUGUUUAGAUCACAAAUAAUCUCCACAGCCUCAAUACUGGGUAUAAAAUCAGUCAUCUUGCUCACUCUAUUCUUCAGUCGUUCUUUACCCUCGACUUCAACUGUUUAACUCCCCCCCUGUUCAUUAUGCAGUUCGCUCUCUUCGCAUCCCUCGCUAUUCUCUACAGCACUGCUCUCGCUGCCCCUUCUGAGCGCCGUGAUGAUGACUCGCUCAUCGAUGUCCUCGUCGGCCUGACCAAUGUCUUGAACGGUGCGGAUGUCAACGUUCUCAGUCAACACAAGCGGGGCGACCCGGAUAGUUUGGUCGGCGUCGGCGUUUUGCUCACGAAUGUUUUGAAUGGCCUUGAUGUCAAUGUUCUCAGCCAGCGUGAUGCCUUGUCCGAUGUCGAAGCCGGCAUGUACCAUCCAUAAAAUAUUUU